GUGUUAGACAGUAACCUGGCUGUGCUUACCCUAUGCGCCAGACCGUGUUAUAGUUUUAUUGUGGUCUUAUUUAGAAAGAAACCAAGAAACAAAUUACUGUAUUCUAACAUAGUAAUAUCAGUCCGGCGUUGAUGGAGCUUGGCAGUGUUGACCCACACACGGCGAGCACGGUAUUGGAACUGAAGCGGAGAGUACCUAUCCAAUAUGAAAGGAAUGAGAUGCUAACGUUACACGUUUCAAACCUAAGACUAAGUUAUGAUUGACAAUGGAUAACAUUCAUGAAUGGCCUAACGGGAACAUUAAGAAAAAGUUUCUGAACCGAGUGUCUGCAGCCCUGCUCUCAGUAUGCAGGAAGGAUACUUUUGCACCAUUAUCUGCAAUUAAUGGGAUGCAUGUCAAUGGAAAUUUGGUCGGGUAAGACUGUUAAUCAAUAAUAUACUCUGAAGAAAGAAAUAUUUUUUCUGGUCUUGCUUUCACCUGAAAGCGGACAGCCCUGGACUGUGGAAAUCAUACCGGAUAACCAGCGACAAUGGAUUUGCUGGAGUGCCCAAUUUGCGAGUUCUUGAUUUGCGAGCCGGUGACAGUGUCCUGUGGGCACUCGUUUUGCCGGCGGUGCGUGGGGACCCACAUGCCCUUGAGAUGUCCAGUCUGUAAGGAGAGGUUGAAACUGAGAGACGUGAAAAACAUCAAAAACAACGUACUGCUAUAUAGUGUCCUUGAAAAGUGCUGCCCAGAGGAGGUAAAGCUGAGGAGCCUUUUACAGGAGCGACUUAAAGCCGGCGAGUUCACCCAGGCUUUUCGAAUCGCGAGUGAAGGAAUAGAUCGCGCUCCCGAGGAUGUGAGCCUGAAAGUGUGGCGGGCAGACGCCUGCGUGGGACUGCGGCGCUUCUCCGACGCCCUUCAGGAUCUGGACGACCUGUGCCGGGAGCGACCCAUGUGGUCCGAGGGUUUCUACCGAAAAGGGAAUGUAAUGCUGGAGAUGGGAAGACAAGCAGACGCCCUUUUCCAGUACCAUCGCUGCCUCAAACUGCAGGCGGACUUCAUCCCGGCCAAGAACCAGAUCAAAACGAUCCUAGAAGUGGACGGGGUGACGAUGCCAGAGGACACGGCCAGGCUGCUGCAGGUAGUCUGGGAGUACCUGCGUGACCCCUGUCCCAUCACCAGCUCGGUAGGACCCUCUCAGGGGGAUGGCCCGAGACUGGCCCGGGACGAGGAAGUGGACGGAGAUGGCCAAGGGGACACGGUGCAGGGCUCGUGUGAGGCGAAACACGCCACCAGCGCGGAGUGCUGCCUCAGUCUGUGCCAGGCCGUGUCCUUCCUCCCCACGGGCGAGGAGGACGAGGAGCUGAUGAUGAGGAAGGAGGAAGGGCAGAGGAGGGGAAGAGGUUGUCAGGACAGAGAGAUGUCCCUCAAUGUGCUCACAGUUUCGGACUUUGAGUGUCCCCUGUGCAUAAGGUUGUUCUUCGAGCCGGUCACCACCCCUUGCGGCCACACCUUCUGCAAGAGCUGCAUCGAGAGGAGCCUGGACCACAACCUCCGCUGCCCGCUCUGCAAACAGCCGCUCCACGAGUACCUCAAGAACAGGAAGUACAACCUGACCGUGCUGCUGCAGGAGAUCAUGUCCCGCCUCUUCCCCCAGCAGCUGGAGGAGAGGAAGCAGGUGCAUGAGGCCGAGAUUGCUGAGCUGUCCAACCUGACUAAGGACAUCCCGAUAUUCGUGUGCACUGUGGCAUACCCAGGCGUCUCCUGCCCGCUGCACAUCUUCGAGCCUCGAUACCGUCUGAUGAUGCGCCGUUGCAUGGAGACGGGCACCAAGAAGUUCGGGAUGUGCACCUAUGAGCCGGGAAAAGGGUUCGCAGAUUAUGGCUGCAUGCUGGAGAUUUUGGGGCUGGACCUCCUGCCCGAUGGCCGGUCUUACGUUGACACAGUCGGGGGAAGCCGCUUCCGAGUGCUAAAGAGAAGCCAGCGGGAUGGCUACCACACCGCUGACAUUGAAUACUUAGAAGACCAGAAGGUGGAGGGGGCGGAGCUGGAAGUGCUGCAGCGCCUCCAUGACAGCGUGUACCAGCAGGCGCGGGAGUGGUACCACCGGCUCAACGGCCGCAUCCAGGACCAGAUCAGCCGACAGUACGGGCCCAUGCCUGACGUGGAGAACGACAUUCAGGCGUCCACUGACGGGCCUGUGUGGUGUUGGUGGCUGCUGUCGGUUCUGCAGCUGGACCCAGCCUACCAGACCACCGUCCUGUCCCUGACCUCCCUGAAAGACCGGCUGGGGCACCUGCGGAUCGUGCUGGAGUACUUCUCCCAGAGCUAGAGCUCACCUGGGCCUGUAGGGUGGAGUGGAUGGCGGGGGGCCGUCCUGACAGAGCCAUGGCCAUGCGGUCUACUGCUCACACGCACACACACGCACACACAAGUAGCCUCUGACACACGUACCACUGACAGGCAUACUCUACCCCUAUAAUCUUUUUAGUGGUGGGUUCUUUAUUUUUUUGGCUCAGAUGGUUAUGUGUCUAUGGGUCUAUAUACAGGUAACAGAAAUUUAUUGUCAGUGUACAUGAAUACCAGUCUUUUCUCCCUGCAGGGAGUAGUGUAAUGAGCUCCUUAUUUCUGGUGUAUAUUAUUGUUUGUGUUAUGAUUGAUAUUACUGCCAUCCGUUGUUUAUGAUGAAAUGCAAAGGCGUCCCUUUUUUUGCAUAGAAAAAAAUUAUGCUACAUUGGCCUCUUUUGGUUUCUCUUUUUCUGUAUUAGAAGGACAGUUAUUGAUGUGGUUGAAUAUUUUGUGGGUGGAUUCAGUGAGAGAGAGAGCAUUACUGGUAAAAAUGUAUGCAGUACAAUUUGAAUACAGGCUUCUCGCCCAGACAGGCAGGCCUGGGUGUUGUGUUUCUCUUGACAUACACUGACAGGGGCUAGUGUAAUUGUACUGAGCCUGGGGACAGUGUGUUGGCAUUUUCAUGGGAGGCAGAUGGUUAGGGCGUCCUGGCCUGAUGGCACCCGCUUGCCAUGCCCAAAAGUGAGUGCCACUCUACCCCUGGACAGGCAGUCUCUGCCAUGCCACAGAAUUGCCUUUGGACCCCUGUAUGUCCAGCAUCUCUGCCACCAGUACUGGUAGCUUGGCAUCACAGGCAUUUCUCUUUUGGGAAUGUUUCGGAUUUGGGAAGCGAUACACAUGUAUUUCCUUUCUCUUACUUAAUUUUUAUUGCAGCAAUCCUUGGAACAUGUGCCCAGGGAGAUUGCAUACUAACUCACUACACAUAAAAACUUGAAACUGGGUGAAGAGCAAAUAAGAUGAUAAAUAUAUUUUACUACAUUGAUUGUGCCAUAGAUACUUGUGUGUUGAAAGGAGCCACCUGCAAAACCUGUUUGAUUUUUUUUUUUCAAAUACUCACAUUUUGUAUGCUGGAUUUUGAAUGAACAUGGGCUACAGUGGUCUACAUACCAUUUUGAAGACACAGUCUCAGAAAGGUGGACUCGGUGUUUCUAAGGCCCCGCCUUCAUUUGGGCCGUUUGCAAUGCGCUUUCUCUUCUGAGCAGCAAAGCUGAGCCUGUCUUAUAUAACCUUAAGGCUUUGUGGUGUAAGAGAGAACACAAAAAUGAAACAGAUAUGAGGACAAACUGCAGUGCGGUUGGAUUGAAUGUAGGAUUCUGCCGCAUUGAGUAGGUAAUAUAGAUUUAAUAAUUUCAAAUGGAAUGGCUUACGGGCGCUUGGGAGGAAGAUGCAUAAAGAUGCACAGAUUUGUUCCUCUAAGUGAAAGGUGACAGCAAAGGGCUCGGGGCCAGAGCCUUUUGGUCACAUUUUUAAUACAGCUUUAAAUGAUGGGGAUUUUUACUAAACCUUUCAAUGACAAUAUGUCAUUAGGAGGUUGCUGUGCCCUUGAAGAUGAAAGUGGCCAGUUUAACUGAAGUUGAGUUUGUAUGUUGUUAAUUAACACCACACGCACGUCUUAACUUGCAAUGUGCUUAUGGAAAUGCAGUGGGCCUCUUUUUAUUUCAAGAAAUGGAACUUUUUAGUUAACCAAUGCAAAAUGAUUACAGAAACAUAAAAAAGUUUGUCGGUACAGAUUUUAAGAGGGCAUAAUUGAUUGACAGGACUGAUUGAGUGCAUUUUUGACACAUCACAUCUCAGGAAGGAGCCAUUUAAUGCAGUCACUUAUGUUACUGAUAAUCGCUCAGCGCUAAUUAAUCAACUUCAUUUGUAACUCUUCCCUCACACUUCUAAUAAAUCCAAUAAGAAAUUCAACAGACGACAACAUAUUUUUGGUCUUGGGUUUUGGUUACCUUGAAACAAAAUAUAAAUGUCAAAUAUAAAGUAAUAAAUGUACUUUUGCUGAAAUGUCACAUAUACUACAACCACGCCAAAAAUAUCUGGUUCCAAAAGAUGUUUGUCUCUCAUGUCCCUUUGAAACAGUUUAGUUUUAUCUUGCCAACAACAUGUGUAGAAUUGUACUAUUCACACAUAUUGCUGUUGAAAUUGUAAAGAAACGUUUGUAAUUCUUUUUUACUGUUAUGAUUUGAUAAAUGUGAAACACAUUUUUUUUUUCAGUUAGUCUGUGAACUAUAGGUGGAGAAAUAACCCUUUACACACAGCACAUGUCUGAAUGUGCACCACACAUGAGAACACAGAAAAGGCCUUUGGAAUUUCCUGGAGCAAAGCUGUCCCCUGUGGAGAGUAGAAGCCACUCAUUUUUAAGGUCUUUUAAGGCUGUUUUUAAGGUCAUACAGGCCUGUCAAAUGUAGUUGCUUUUUCUGUGUGGCCUCAUAUAAAUCAUGGGUGUACUGGAGACUUGGAUUUUAAGAAGUCAACUUCUUUUUUUAAUUAUAUAUGUAUUUUUUGCACAGCGACUAUCAUUUAUUUGCAUGUCUUGUUUUUUUUAUGUUCUGGAACAAUCUCUUGAUUAUUUGUCUGUGUAUAUGCGUGUCAAACAGGAACAAUUUCACUGAAUUUGAAUAAUCUGUGGUGUUUAAUUGGUCAUGUUCAUGAGGACUAUUUCUUUCCCUGGUAAAUAUAACAGGGCACAGCAAUUCACACAUGUAACCAUUUUUUUUCCAUUUUUUUCUCAGCUGCAAAAUUUACAAUCCAUUACAAGACAGGGUAAGCAACCCUGGACCUGGAUAACCCCUAAUUUCCUCUGUUUCCAAACUCAUACAAGUGUCAUUAAACCCCUGUGUUACAGGGGUUUAAUGAGUAAGCUAAACUGGAUUGCAGUUCUUCAGUACAAAGGUUGUCCAGCCAUGCAGUAGGUCAUUAUGCUGUUGUGGAAGGAGUUGCACUCCAGUCACUAACAAUGAAGAUCAUGGUUUCAGUCAGCAGUCAGGUGAAUAUGUCCAUAUAUUCCUUGAAUACUCUGGGGAAUUGCUGAAGGUUGCAAAGGUGCAUUGCUUGUAAUAAUUAAAAAUGUCUGAGCAAAGGCCUUGUACAAAUUAUGUAAUGACAUCGAAUAAAUGUGU